AUGGCUCGCACCUCGCUGCUGUCCAAGGCCCUGCUGGUGGUCGGCGCGGUGUCAGUUUUGCAGCUCUUCCGCCAGGAGGAUGCCUUCGUAACCCCGAAGCUGAGGGGCGAAGCCGCAGCAACGAUGGCCGCGGCCCUUGUGGCAGCCAGCGUCGCAGCUCCGGGACCAGCCCAGGCGGAAAGCCCGAAGCUGUCCUUCUUCGGGCUCGGAGGCGGCGUCUCCGAUGUCUACAACCAGAACGACAACCCGAUCAACCCGUACUCGCAGUUCAGCGAGGUCGGAGACGAGUCCGUCUACAAGGCCCGCACCGACCAGGAGGCACCAGCAAACCAGGGGCGCUUCUGGGACCCGGGGGCUCCUCUUCGGAGUGUUGGGUCAAAGCCCCCCUGCGAGACCUUUUGA